AUGACGGCGCAGGCCGGCGUGCGCGCCAAGGAACAGCAGCAGCAGCAGCGGCAGCAGCGAGCCCCGCCGUCAGACGACCGACAGGCCGGCGGCACUCGCGCGCGCGUGAAUAAUUCCCCUGGCCACACGCCGGCGGCCCCCAAGCGCAUGGUGAGUAACGGCAGCGACACGACCGCAGCUGGGGGCGCCGAGAGCUGCCGGCGCCGCGUGACGUCCGACAUGAUUUCCUUCACUGCCACAGUGGUGCGCGCGCCCGGCUCGAGUUCCAGUAGCGGCCGCCCGUCCGCGAGUUCAGGCGACGCGUGGACGCCCAAGCCUGACGACGUGGCCCAUCCCAGUCGCCGACGCCGCCGGUUCUCGCUGCACCGGCGCCAGAGCCCACAUAAAGACAGCGGCGGCGGAGGAGGAAGAGACGACGGCAAGUACCACAACGAGAAGAUGGUGCACGGCCCGCUCCCGCCCUUCGGCGAGAUCAAGAUCGAGUCGACGGCCGAGAAGGACGCCACGCGCGACGAGAGGCUGUCCAAGCACAGCUACAUGUACUCGCGCGGCAGCGUGGAGAGCGCGCCGAGCGACAUGGACCGCCGCAGCCGCCUCAGCAGCGCGGCCAGUAGGGCCAGCAGGGCGCGCGCGUGGAGCCGCGCGCUCAGUGUCACCCAUGAAGGGGAGGACGCGUCCACCAUUGCGGCCUUGGUCACUACCACACCGGCCACAGUGUGGAGCACGUUCUUGAAGACGGUGUCGAGGUUCGCCGACGAGCCGGCGCUGACCGGCCGGGAGGAAGUGUUCGACAAGACUCACCACGGAUUCCCGAGCUCUGCGGCGUCGGCGGCCGCCCCCGUGGACGUGGCCUACUCCUGGGCGCAGCAUGCAGUGCGCGUGCGCUGCAUCGCUAGAACGUUGUUGCAACUGGGAUUUUGUGCUGGCGAAGGCGUUGUGAUUAGUGCACAGGUGAGUCCGUUGCUGCAAGCCGUGAACCUGGCGGCGGUGGCGCUGGGCGGCGUCGUGGCCCACAUUCGAAGCUCGUGGAGCGCGCGCGAGUUGAGGGACGACAUUUUUCCUGCGGCAAAAGCCACGGUUGUUGUUGUUGAUAUGUUGGAGAGCAAUUUCCGCGAGGCACUUGAAGCCUUGGACGAUCAGCCAGAGGCGCUCCGCCCGCCUAUCCGUGCUGUUGUUGUGCUGGGUGGGCUUGGCGCAGUGGACUGCGCCGUCGCUGACUUGCGUGCAAGUAUCAACGUGAUCGGAGCUCAAGAUCUUUUGGCGAUCAAUACACUCGCCACCGACGAGGCAGCUAUGACUCCGUCGUUGGAGUCACUAGCGUCGCGCGUGACGCCUGAUCAGUGCUGCUUGCUAGCCUUUGACUACGAUGCAUUCGGGCGCAUCCGAGGCGCGGAGCUCUCUCACGACAACGUACUGUUCACGGCUGCUGCCUUGGUGCGCAGCUUUGGGCUCAUUUAUCGCGAUCGUCUCGUUGGGUACCUGCCUCUGCAUCACGUGGCAUCGCAAGUGUUGGAAAUCUACGUGCCUAUGAUUGCCGGCUUGUCGGUGGCGUGCGCGCCAACAUAUAAUCAGCCUUUGGUCCGAGUGAUUACCGAGCACAAGCCGACCGUGUUCUUCGCGGCGCCCGCGACAUGGGCUCGCUUCAGCCAACAAGUCUACCGCGCGAAAGGGGACGUGAAUGCCGCAGUGUACCGAUGGGCCAAGACGCGCGCCACCAACAACUCGCAGAAGCUGCUUUUCGCCAGAGGCAAGGGGGCCAAGCACAGGAGUCUGGGGUACAUGCUGGCGAAGGCGCUAGUGCUCAACAACAUCAAGAAGAAGGUCGGACUGGAAAGCUGCACCGCCUGCCACUCGGUGUUGGCGCCGCUGGACUUCGAGCUCGAGCGGCUCUUCAAGACAGUGGACACGCCGAUUUACCAGCUCUUCGGGACGGCUGAAACUUGUGGGUUCGCGUCCAUCAACUUCCAGCACGCGUGGGAGUUCGGCAGCUCUGGUCGAGCGCUACCGGGCACUACCAUUCGCUGUGAUGAGCGCUCACAGGAGACAGUACUGCGCGGCCGCAAUGUCUUUAUGGGCUACCGGUACGCUCCACACGGCCCCUGCAGUAGCCCUGGUCCCGAACAGGAUGACGAUGGCAGCCAGUGCACGUCGACCUGCGACUCGGACGGGUGGCUUCGACUCUGGCAGCGCGGGUUCCUGACGCCCACGGGGUUCCUCAAGAUCAGCGACCCGCGCGACUUCCUCGUGCUCUCGACUGGCGACUGGGUCCCUAUCCAGCCAUUUGAAUUCGCGAUGAUGGAGCUCAUGCCUGAGUUGGACCGCGUCGUGCUAGUCGGCGACGGCCGCACUUUUUUGAGCGCGCUCUUCUUCCUCAAGACAAGCGCAACGACUUCUCGCACUGCAGCCAAGCACACUGGCAGCGGUCGCGUACUUGAUGAGGACGCCCUCAAGGUCGGCCAUGCCAUCGGGAGCACCGCGACAACCGUUGGCGAGGCCAUCCGCUGCCAGCACUGGGCCGUGCACUUUGACGGCGUGCUUGAGGACCUCCCUCAGGUCUGCUCGGUCUCGGGCUUUCGCGUCCGCAAGUGGAUCCUCAUGGCCGCCGACUUCAGUGUCAAGUCGGGUGAGCUGGACCCCGACACGGGCGACGUGUGCCGCCGCGCCGUGGACCGCAAGUACCAGGCGCUGCUGGACUCGCUCUACAGUUAA